AUGGCGACAGCCCUAAUCAACGGUCCUCCCGCGACGACGACGACAUGGACAGAAGAGACAGCUAUACAAGCUCACGGAGAGCUCCGGCUGGCGGGCGCCAGGAACGAGAAAGGUCCCGUGACAGAAGGCGGCGCUCGCGAACCCCAGACUCUCCUGGCCGGCAUCGCCGUCGCCGGCAUCGAUCGCCGAAGACGGCGCAGAGGUGAUGGCGAAUUGGAUGAGGGUCGUCCAAGGGACCGUCGAAACCCUGUGAAGCAAGGAGGGCCAUUGCCGUCACAAGAAGACUCUUUCGCCAUUACGAAAGGGGAGGAACCGGAGAAGCCCAAGGAGAAGCCUAAUUUUGGCAGCUCGGGAGUACUAGCCGCAGCGUCCAACUCGGUUGCUCAGGCCGAUGGAUCAUCCAUUGUCCUCAAGUACCAUGAACCACCCGAAGCUCGGAAGCCGCCGACCCGAGACCAGUGGAAGCUUUUCGUCUUCAAAGGAGGCGAUAUUGUCGAUACUAUUGACCUCAGCCUAAGAAGCUGCUGGUUGGUUGGCCGAGAAAUGGCAGUUGUGGAUUUGCCAGCCGAGCACCCCAGCAUUAGCAAGCAGCACGCCGUGAUACAGUUUCGUUACACGGAAAAACGAAACGAGUAUGGAGACAAAAUUGGCCGAGUGAAGCCGUACUUGAUCGAUCUGGAAAGCGCCAAUGGAACCGUACUGAACGAUAGCAAAGUUCCUGAUAGUCGGUACUUGGAACUGCGAGACAAGGAUCUGAUUCAAUUCGGGAAUAGUACAAGAGAAUACGUUGUCAUGCUGGCACCCAAAGAUUAA